AUGCCUGAGACUACCCAGCCCACUCCCCGCGGCAAGAUGACGGCCAUUGCGACCAUUGUCAACCCCUUGUCGGUCAAUCAUGACAAGGUUAUGAUCUUCUCGAGUAACAAGCAUUACAUGCUUAGUCUCGAGAAUCGUACUAUUGGUGGCGACUUCUCCUUUACCAUGGGCGAGGGCACCUCGACCCAAUCGCCUCUGCUUGCCUAUCCUUCUCAGCUAACCGCCAUGAUCUACAAAGACGCGGUUGCAGUGUAUGGUAUCACUGGCACUGAAAAAGAAGACCUAGAGGUCGCACAGCUGAGCCCCGUGUAUCAGCCAGAUACCAACAUCAAGCCGACAUACGGCUCGCUAGCGGGAUGCGUAGCAGAUGACGGUGAAGGCUAUCUCUACAUGCUUUCUGAUAAUGAGCAGGGCAAGUCUCAGCUCCACGAAUGGAAGCUGUCCGACAAGGAUGACGACAAGCGUCCAAUCGCCGCGUCGGCUUUUUACGAAAAGACCAACCUAUUUGCGCUGUUUGACCCCGUGCUUAAACUCAAGUGGCUGGUGUAUCAGCGAGAUGAUAACAGUAUUUCUCUGUGGAGCUUUAAGAAUAAGAAGGAUUGUAUCAUUAGCGAGUCCAAAUACCGAGCUAGGAAGGGCACGCCCCUCACGGCAUGCAUCGUGCCCGCCGAUGAGGCGACGGGCCGCCCCGCGCGCAUCUACAUCUACUUUGUCAAUGAAGACAACCUCUUGCAGAGUGCCAACUCGAUUUCCGGGGCCGAACUCUACUUCAACUCGACGGAUGAGAAACCGUCGACAGUAGAAGGUGACCAGACUGUCUCGGCAGUCUCCCAGCUGUCAGUAUUCCUCGACUACAAGGAGUCGCGCAACAUUGUCUUCGGCGUCAAGUCAGGCUCCAAGAUCAGCCCCAUGCACGAGACCUGGCGAACCAAGUGA